AUGAAGCGGUAUGAAAGGCUAGGUAGCGGGAGCCUGUCCUCGAGUGGAAGUAAGAGUCUGAGAGUCUUGGAGGACCCAUAUCUAAAGGUUCAUUGGAGGGUGUGGCAUACCGAUUCUCUGGCGGAGUUCCGAAGACAGGUGCAGAGGCAUGUUCAGGCGAUGAGCGCGGUUGUCGCGACGGUGAACCUACAGAUGAAUAUCCUCAAAGACCAAAAGUCUGAGCAUCGUCUAAAGGAGGCGCAGAGACGACGCCGUGAGGUCAACACUCAGCUUAAGCAAAUCAAAGGGGUUGUGGAUAACACUGAGAGGUUAUAUCAGGGGCAGGUGCCUGUGAGCAACGACACGGUUAGUAUGACUCCUUUUAUCGUUAUUGGUCUCGCACUGAAUGUGACGUAG